GCGGGCGGGCGGGAGGCGCCGGCGCCAGACGCGGAGGGAAGGAGCUACGAGUAGCCGCCGAGAGGCCGCGGAGCCAGCGACGACCGACCCAGCCGAGCCGCCGCCGCCGCCGCGCCCCCAUGGCGGCCGCCAAGGACACUCAUGAGGACCAUGAUACUUCCACUGAGAAUACAGACGAGUCCAACCAUGACCCUCAGUUUGAGCCAAUAGUUUCUCUUCCUGAGCAAGAAAUUAAAACACUGGAAGAAGAUGAAGAGGAACUUUUUAAAAUGCGGGCAAAACUGUUCCGAUUUGCCUCUGAGAACGAUCUCCCAGAAUGGAAGGAGCGAGGCACUGGUGACGUCAAGCUCCUGAAGCACAAGGAGAAAGGGGCCAUCCGCCUCCUCAUGCGGAGGGACAAGACCCUGAAGAUCUGUGCCAACCACUACAUCACGCCGAUGAUGGAGCUGAAGCCCAACGCAGGUAGCGACCGUGCCUGGGUCUGGAACACCCACGCUGACUUCGCCGACGAGUGCCCCAAGCCAGAGCUGCUGGCCAUCCGCUUCCUGAAUGCUGAGAAUGCACAGAAAUUCAAAACAAAGUUUGAAGAAUGCAGGAAAGAGAUCGAAGAGAGAGAAAAGAAAGGUGACGUGGUGCCAUGGGUUGGGGGGCUUCUUUGCAGACUCACUCUGCAUCUGACUAUACUUCCAGGCGGGUGCUUUUUCUGUCUGCCAGAUAAACAUUCCAGGGUGCUGUGGCCGCCUCACGUAUCCAGGGUGAUGCAGCUCCCUGGGGACACAGGUGCUUCCUGGGGAGCCCUGAGCACUUGUCAGUGUUGCUGGCCUCAGUCCAAUUGGGCAGGCAUUGGAGUCCGGGCACUGCCUGGAGCUCACCAGAAGGUGCUUUAUGAUGGUCCUCGGUUUGUCUCUCAGAGGGCUUGGUCACCUCUGCCAUGAGGCUGGACUGCAGCUGUGGUGGCAAGUGACCAGAUGUCACUGAGCAGCCUGACCAUGGUCUAGGCAGUGCUUGAAUGCAUCCACCUGGCUUCCUUUCGUCACUGAAUUUCAAGAAGACAGACUCCAGGAGGCG